AUGUCUAUCAAAGGCGAUUCUCCUUCAUCGACUAAGGCUAGCAGUAGUCCGAAGUCCACAUAUUCAAUACAGUCGGAUGAUAAAGUAAAUCUCGUAGACAGUGGUAACGUUGAUGUAAGCACGGAUAAUCCACAGCAAGACAACAAUAGACGUGACAUUGUAGUCGUGACAAGAGUAGCUUCUGAUGAGACAUUAGAAUCACAAUCAUCUACAUCUUCUAUGGGAGUUAGACCAGAAUCGUCCCUCAUUUAUGAGGAUGCUUCCAAUCAAUCCAGAGCCGAAGUGAAUAAUCGAGUGCAUGCCCCAAGCAUGAACAGCAUUCACAAAUACCAUCCAGUACGAUUACCCAAGAAAAACGAGGCAAUCAAUUCAUAUGAGAAAGUGCAAGAUGCACGUACAGUUCAAUCAUCUACACAAGAAGAUAAAAUACUUGACGGUGACAGGAGUAAUCCCCAAGCAACCCCGUCUUUGAAUAUCGCAGAAUUCCCUACAGAUAAGCUUCUUAAAAUGUUGACAGCACUAUUAACAAAAAUUAUUAAGUCUAAUGAUAGGACAGCGGCGACAAACCCUAGUUUGACGCAAGAGAUUGAAAAUGGGAGGUGUCUCACCCUAACUGACGAUGAAAAGAAAUAUUUGAGCCCUGUCUUGGGGUUCAGAGGAAAGCACGUACCACAAAUCGGUCUCGACCAGUAUUUUCAGAGGAUUCAAAAGUAUUGCCCCACGACGAAUGAUGUAUUUUUAUCACUCCUUGUAUACUUCGAUAGAAUAUCCAAGAGAUGCAAUGAUGCUACUACGACGCCCACACCUAAUACUGUAAAACACAAGUCAACCUCAGAUGAAAAAUCCCCGAACAGAGCUAAUAGAGGUGUCGACAAGAUGUCCGAGUGUAACAGUAAUGAAAAUAAUGAAAAUAACGAUUCAGGUGACGAAAAUACAGAUGUUCAAAAGGAUUCAAUGCCACAUCCCCAAAUGUUUGUGAUGGAUUCACAUAACAUUCACAGGUUGAUCAUAGCAGGUAUUACAGUAAGUACGAAGUUUUUAAGUGAUUUCUUCUACAGCAAUUCUAGAUACUCUAGAGUAGGAGGAAUAUCGUUACAAGAACUCAACCAUUUAGAAUUACAGUUCCUGGUUUUGUGCGAUUUUGAACUACUGAUAUCAGUCAAUGAAUUGCAGAGAUAUGCAGACUUACUAUACAGGUUCUGGAACAAUGCAACAGCACAAUCACAAGCUCUAGUAACGAGUGUGUAG